GAUUAUGAUUUAAUUUAAAUGAGUAGUCUUCUUAAGCAUCGUGGACAUUCUAAUUUUAUCUCAACACAAUCAGCGCAGCGCCAAUGAGCGUCGUUACACUAUCGUGUCGUGUGGCCUUUACAUUUUAGUGCUUUUCUUAAUUUUGAGAAAUUAGUGACAUAUAAUUGUUAUUAAACACAUUGUAAAGGUAGGUAAAGUUUUAAAUUAUUAUUUCCUAGAUUUUUCCAUAACAGUUAUGUUUGUUGACAUUAUAUUUUAAGUCACAAGUGAGUUGGCGGGAAGCCGCCGGCCUAGAUUUUGGAAGAUCCUCUAAGCAGGAUGACUUCCAUAGAGGAUGGAGAGACACACGCGUCUGAGGACGUACCAGCGGGAAACCCGGAUGAAUUAGCCAAAAACCCUAGUGCAUUGAAAGAGGCCAAUGAGCAGAUGGCAACCUUAGAUGUGCUUGUGUGUGGCCAGUGCCACUCUGCAUUCCACUUUCUUGAAGAGUUCAAUGACCACAAGGCAGCCAAUAGUUGUUCUUCCAAGUCGCCAGUAAGAGAUAGUAAUGAAAGCAAAGCCCAAGUAUGGGCAUUCCUCCUAUGGAAGUGUUCAUCAGCACGGGACGGGACCAACAUCAGCUCCGACAACAGUUGGAAGCUGUACCAGCAGUGGUGCCGCAUGCCGGAGUCUCAGAGGACCGCCUGGAUCACAGCCGGCUCCAAUGUGCAAGCUUUAUCCAAAUUUGCUCAUGCUAAAGUUAUGGAAUUGAAGACUGAUGACCAGCUGGUGCCUGUACAAGCCGUAACACAAGUAACAGAGGUCAAGAAACGCGGACGACCAAGAAAGGUUCUCAAGGAGGAUUCCGAGACUCAGCCCUCAGGUGAAGAAAGCGAUGGUAUGGUUAGAGCUAGUCCUGCCCAGAAGACUGUAUUCAACAAAACGCCACUUAGUGCGUUAAAAGCCAAGGAAUUAGCGGACAAGGAGUCCGUCCGUAACGCCCAAGAGCGCGUGCCGCCCGAAGAGCGCAUCGCGCGCCGCACGGAGCGCGAGGGCGACCCCGCCGACGCCGGCGAAUAUGUCGUGGAGAAGAUCCUCGCCAAGAGAUUCAACCCCAGGCGGAAACAGUACGAGUACCUGCUCAAGUGGGAGGGAUAUCCGCAUGAACAGAACACAUGGGAGCCGAUAGAGAACAUGGAGACCUGCAAGCAUCUUCUAGAAGCAUUCGAGAAGCAGCUGGCGCGGCAGAAGGAGCUCAAGGCCAUGCGCGCGCAGCAGCAGCAACAGCAUCCUGUGCAGGUGAAACAAAUCAGCACACCACUUCCGCAAAUAGUGAAACAAAUGGUUAAGAAAACGGAAAGUCCCGCUUUGACUCCUACUGGACGCCUGCAGCGGUCUUCUAAAGUGCGCGCUCUCGACCAAGUGAAAGCGUGGUGCGGCGCCGAGGACGAGCCAGCCGCCAAGCGCGUCAAGAAAGAGGCAUCUAGUGAGGACGAGGAUUACUCCGAUGGGGACGCUAAAGUUGACGCUCGGAUACUAAACGGACAGUCGUCUCCAAAAGGUAGCGUGGACCCGGAGCUGGUCAAGUCGCUGGGGCUCGGCGGCAAGGGCAUGCCGAAUAUCAAGGGCGUCAUCAAAGUCGAUCCCAAGCACAUGCCUAAUCUUACCACUGGUGUCUACAUUAUGUCUAAGAGCUCCGGGAUAAUGAAGAUUGACUCGCCCGGCAAGCUCGGCCCGGGCCUUAAUAUAGACCAAGAUGUAAUUAGGAAACAGAUCUUAGCUGCCAAACAGAAAAAACAAGAAGAAAAGAAGGCGACACCCACACAGGUAAAGAAGACAAUCGGCUCCGGCGGCCAGCAGGUGACGGAGAAGACCAUCAUCACACCCUCCGGACAAAAGAUUAUCCAACGCACGAUACACCGGCCCGUCGGACAGUCCCCCGAGGGCAAGUCUCCGGUCACCAUCCUCAACAAGAAACUAGCACAGGGCGACAGCCUCCUGCGGCGCGGCGCGGGGCGCGGGCGCGGCCGCGGCGGCAUGCAGGUGGCCACGGCGGCCGGCAACAUCGUGCGCCUCCGCGACAAGUCGCAAGUGCUGCCCUUCGACUUCGACCAGUCGGACGCAUCGUCGGACACGUCGGACGGCAUCACGGACCCGUUCCCUCGCGACCCGGGCCCGCUGCCGCCGGUGUCGCCGGAGCGCGAGCUGACGCUGUGCCCGCAGUCCGGCCGCCGCCUCGCGCGCGCCGAGGGCGAGCCCACGCCGCCGCCCACGCCCAGCCCGCCGCCCACGCCGCCCACACCGACCACGCCGCCGCAGACCAUACCCCAGCAGAUGCUCAUGAAGGUGGAGAUGUCCCCAGGAGGCACGACCGGCAUGUUGGUCCAAGGCGAUGGAACGCAGCAAUCUUUGCCAGUAUUGACGGACGACGACGGGACGGAGGUGAAAAUGGAGGCACAUGCGGUGAAGCAACUAUUAGAGGACGGCGGAGACGGCGAGGGUGAGGAGGUGGGGCUGCUACAAGCCGGCCACCCGCCCAUCAUGAUCCGCGGGGAGGACGGCGUGCUCUACCAGGUGGCCGGCGAGAACGAAGCUGGGCAGACGUUACUAGUGGCCGCCGAGGGUAUGGAGGGCGCCGUGGAGGGUGUCGAGGGCGGCGCCGACGGCGACGGCGUCAUGUACGUCACGCGCGAGGACGGACAGGACGUGCUCGCGAUCGAUCCAUCGCAGCUGGCGCAGCUGAUGCCGGGCGGCGAGGCGCCGGCGCUGCAGCAGGUGGCCGUGCAGGUGGAGGGCGAGCCCGGCGAGGACGCCACGCAGGUCAUCGCGCAGCUCGUGCAGGCCGACCUGCCCUCGCCAGGCGGCACGCGGCGCGUAGUCCUGCUACUGCCAGACGGAAGCUUCACGAUGACGGAGCUGGACAAAGAACAGUACGAGUCCAUCACAGAGGCCGGCAAGGCGCAGGAGUGAGCCCCAGCGGCCUAAGACUGACUAUGGCAUACAACGCAUCAUUCACACUUAAACCUCUGAUGACGAUUGCCAUACAUAGAUAGCGUCCGACCAAAGUUUCGGUUUAUAAAUUAUGUUUCGGCUGAAGGUUCAGUUUCAAUUGGACAAUAUACGUUGGUUAAAGCUAUUGUACGGCGGUCAGUAUCAGCGUCGGGCAUACACGCUGGGUUAAGAGUGCCGGUACACUAAGGAGGUAUAAUAAUAUUCAAAUAAACAUUAGUACCUUAACGGAGCUCAUUUUACGGUUUAAUCUGCUCUUACAUUUACCAUAAAAUUGCAAGGUACCUACUAAAAUAUUCACUACUUUUAUUAGUCCGUAGCUGAUGUAAGAUAAACCCAGGAGCGUAUUCUUAGUUGUAUAAAGAUGCGCUCUUAAGUAAACUGAAGAGAAAUAUUAUGUAAAUAGAGUAUGAUCGGCUAUUUGUACAGGUGGUACAUGGUUGAAUGUUUAAGCUCAUUUAGUUAAUGUUUAGGUAUAAUUUAUUUCACCACGAAAUUUAUUUAAGGCAGUGAAUUAAUUAUGCCUUAUUUUAUUUAAUAAAAUAUCUUUCUUUUUGCCAAUACAAGAUAAUCUGCAGCAAUGUAAUAAAUCCGUAUAUAUGCUUGAACUGAAUUGAAACAACUUAAGCAUCUGCGAUAUAUUGUAGGUAAAAUUAAAUUAUCAACACGGCGACAUGCAGCAUUCAAAAUCACUACUACGUCAUAAGAGAGCAGUAAUAAAACAUAUCAAUAAAGUUACUUUAACAUGCUUUUUUAACUCGUUCAACAAGUGUAAGGCGGUUGUACGAUUGGCGGCAUGUGAACGUUUAAAGGCUCCAGUGGUCAAGGAUGGUCCAUGCCAAGCCAUGCUUUGCAAUGCGCAACUGUAGGCCUAUAUCACGUAGAUGUUCACACAAUGGUGCAUAUACAUAUACAUACAAUAUACACAACAGCGGGUCUCUGUUUGAUAUAAAUCUAUAAACUGAAAAGUCUCUUCAUUGCUCCGCGAUAAUGACAUUUUGGGCUAUCAACAUUUAAUCAAACGGUCAAAAAUUCAAGCUGUCAGUGAUAAACUAAACAAACAAUGGCGACUGUGUGAACACCACAGGCCACGGUACGCCACGAUUCCUUUGAAGUGUGCCAAAAAAACCGACAACUUCCCGAUUGCCCACCACGGCUGACAACUGACGGCCAGUCGUCCGCCAUUGUAUACCAUUGCCCCCUGAACACAAUGGCGAUGGCGUGGCAUGGCCUAUCCUUCACCACUGUGUACUGGGGCCUUAAUGAUCGACUAUGUUUGUCACGCAAUGAAAAAGAUAUUAGUCGUUGGUCGCUAGCUGGUCACUCUGCCUGGCCAAACACACUCGCCCGCGAAGUGCCCUUGUGGCCUAUUUGCUGAAUAAAUGCUGAAGUUGAAGAAGUUAAACAUGGCAACAGUUUAGUAUGGAAUUUUAUUUUAUUUCUACGAUUUUAUGUCGCACUAUACCUAAAACCCGUAACAGACAACCGCACCGCACCGAGCCCUUGGUAUCUAUCACCUAUCGAUAGGGUGUAAGGUGGUCGCCGUACGUGUGUCAAGGACGCAGCUAUAAGUUAGAGCACGAAAGAGAUAUUUUGACCGCAUCAAGGUCGCGGUGCGUUGCGGUAGUCUGUGACGGCUUUUAGCUUGGAUUUGUUUUAAAGUUGCCUUUGUUACUUCAUUAUAGUAAAACCAUCUAGAGCCUGUGCGGAAAGUGAAGAGUCGUAGAAUGUAUUGGAUCCCAUACAUUUCACGACUCUUCUCAUUCCGCACAGGCUUUACAUGAAAAUGGUCGUCUAAAUGCAUUGGAUGCAGUGAACGGAAAUAAAUUGGAUGAAAUAUAAUAGUAUUAACGAAUAGCAUAUACUUGAUAUACUUUGGAUUCUAUGGGCGUAUCCAGACUAGUCAAUUUUUCGCCAAUCUGAUUAAAUUGCCCGAUCGAAUCAGGACGUGCGUGGCGUGGAUGUAAACGCCAAUUUGGCUCGCCGAAUUCAACCGCUGAUAAUGACCGAUAUUACGGAUAAAAUGAGGUGCGGACGCAAGAAUACCAAUUUGUGACGCCAGUAUUUUCGUUCUGGGGCAUUUUUUCAAUUUAGAGGGCUCUAUUAUCACCACAAAUCUAAAAUUGGAGAUUGACGCCAAUUUCAUUUCUGAUAAAAUCGGUCGAUUUGAUCAUCCCGUCUGGAUAUCGCUUAUUGCUGCACUGAAUUAAUAUUUAUGAAAUGAGCACCUGGUGAAGUAUUUUACGAUUGCAGACUAAUGUAGUUUCUUUUAUGAAUACCAAAUAUUGGACAAGAAGCAUUCAUUAUAGAUAGUAUAGAUUAAAAAGGUAAUAUAGACUGCUAGUUCUUUAAAUAAUUUAGCGCCUUAGUAUUCCACAUCUCUUCAUGCAUUGUAUAAAAUGACAUUUAUUUCCGAUCUGAGCCAAAAUUAUAUUAGUUAAUUUGAAGAUUAGGCUCGCCAGAAUUUUGCAGUUUCUAAAUUGGUCAAUAAUAUCAUAUUAGAUGUAUAAUAUAGUAUGUAAAGUAUUUUUGGUUUUAUAUAUCUGUAACUAUUUUAAAUAAACAUUAUUUGCCACAAA